AUGCCUCUAGCUCUCCCCUUUCGCGCAGGCGUCCUGCCAGCUGCACGCAUCGUCCAGGCCGCGGCUCAAGCCACCGUGACUCGCGGCCAGCUCUCGCGAGCCCUCAUCAUGGCACGCCAGCGCAAUCAAACCGAACCUUCUAUCGACGACGAUCAUCAGCCCCGCAAGGGCAAGGCUAUUCCUGCUACGCCCAUCGACGCCAUCAUCUUUGACGGCCUCAUCGACCAGUCAUCCUUUACCGAGGUCGUCACGGCUUACGACUUCCGGCCUCCACGCACAAUCGAUCAGAUCACCGGAGUGCCCCCGCCCUCUGUCCUGACCAAGCUGGGAUCUGUUGAGCAGCAGGGUAAGCAGAAGGAAAAUGAUGUAGUCGUCUCGGCCGCCGCUGCUGGCGGUGGAAGGCACCCCGAAAACCCUAACGGUGGUGAUGAUCAUGAUAAUGAUGAUGACGACAACGGAACGCCUCCAGCUGGUGGCGCUGAGAAGCCAUCCUUUCUCCCCGAGCUGCAGCGAGAGCUGCCCCUGUUCCUGGGUGGCGGUCCGUUUCGCCCUGGAAGCAGCUUUCUCUUGGGACAUGAAGGCCGAUACACCAUCGAUCAGGGGAUGAGUCGUGAAGAAUGGAGAGAGGAUAGGGGAGAAGCGGGCAUGCGGUAA